CGAAUAAAGAAUAAAUGUUUCAUGUACUAAACCGUUUCAGUAGCAAACAUUUUUUGAAGUUUAUAAACGAAUUAUGUAAACAUAAAUCAACCAUCUUACAAAAUAGACUUUACUGUGAUUAAAAUUUCAGAUAAUUGAACAGAGUAUAUAUCAAUUUUUAAUAUAAUGUUGGAAAUGUGCAUAACUUUGAAGAAUAUUUAUGUAAACUGCGCAUGUAUAAAAUGAGAUGCACACAAAAGUGAAAAUAUAUCUAACAUCUUAACGGCAUAUUAACUAAAAAUUACCACCCUGACAAUAAAUAUAUUUAUCAACUGUAAGUUAUAUUUUUAACUACAAGUACGUUAACUAAUUUGUAAAUGAUUCCUUCCUAUUAAAAUUUGCUAUAGUUGCUUAAAUAUUUGAAAGUUCGUCUUUUUAAAAUAAUAAUGAGCAAUAUCGCAAAAGAGGUUCAAAAUAAAUAUUCAUUUUUAAAUAAUAUACUCACAAGUUUUUGGAGAACAUGGAUUAAAUCAAAUUCAUCGUUUAAAGCCCAUAUAAAAAGUGUCAAUUGGAAAAACGAGAAACCAAAGACAGGUUAUGCCUAUAAACCCACGGAGGUGGAGCAAUUGGCGAAUGUUCUAACACAUGGUUUUUGUAUAGUACCUUCUAUUAUUGCCGCACUGAAACUUUUCGAAAGGUCAAAGACGCCAAACCAAUAUUUAGUUUCAUGGGUAUAUGGGGGAGCACUUUCAAUGCUGUUUACAAUAUCUACAUUUUUUCAUUGCUCCUGUUAUUCCCAACAAAAAAACGGUUUAAAAAAUAUUCUGCAUCGCUGUGACCGCGCCAUGAUUUACAUUUUUAUUGCUGGAUCGUAUUUCCCAUGGUUACAGUUGGGAAAUAUUGUUCAUUCUGCUUUGGUUUGUAUGGAAUGGCUAAUUUGGCUGCUUGCUGCAAUUGGAAUUACUUAUCAACAGAUAUUUCAUGAACGAUAUAAAUGUUUAGAGACUUGUUGCUACGUAUUAAUGGGCUUGGGUCCUGCAUUGGCGGUGUUACUAACUGGGAAUGAAUUUAAUGGUCUUACAGAGUUAAAACUUGGUGGUUUUUUUUACAUAUUAGGAAUAUGUUUUUUCAAAUGCGAUGGAAUAAUACCUAUGGCACAUGCUAUUUGGCAUUUAUUUGUGGUCCUUGCUGCAGGAUUUCACUAUUAUGCUAUAAUAAUCAAUUUAUUCCCAGUCAACUAAUUUUAAGAAAGUUAACUUAAAUAUAUUUUGUAGGAAUGGUAUUGCAAUGUAUAAAGUCAAAUAUAUAUUUAUAAAACGCAAUAUCCUUAACCCAUCUAUAGACGGAAAUAACAAAGCUGGAAACCAAAUUAUUAAACUCUGUUAUAUAUAAUUUUUAUAAAUAGUAAUAAUUUUAAG